GGGCCGGGAAUGGCGGGCCGGAGGCAGCGCUGAGCAGGACAGGAGGCCGGCGGCGCCGAGGGGCGUCCACUACAGGGGACCAUGCCCGGCCGCCGGAGCCUGGCCCUGGGGCCGCUGCGUCACUGCCUACGCCGUUGGCUGCGCCGCCGCUGGCCGGCCCCGCUGCGGAGCCUGGGGCUUCGCUGGCGGUACGGCCGGCUGUGCCUGCGCUCUCUGCUCUACAACUCCUUCGGCGGCAGCGACGCGGUCAUCGACGCCCUCUUCGAGCCCAUCUACUGGCUGGUGGACCACGUGACCCGCUGGUUCGGGGUGGUGUUCGUGGCCCUGGUGGUCGUGCUGACCGGCUCCAUCGUGCUCAUCGUCUACCUGUGUGUCCUGCCCCUCAUCCUGCGGACCUACUCCGUCCCCCGCAUCUGCUGGCACCUCGUCUACGGCCACUGGAACCUGCUGCUCAUCGUCUUCCACUACUACCAGGCCGUCACCACCUCCCCUGGACACCCGCCUCAGGACAAGAGCGAGGUCGCCACCGUGUCCAUCUGCAGGAAGUGCAUCUACCCCAAGCCGGCCCGAACGCACCACUGCAGCAUCUGCAACAGGUGCGUGCUGAAGAUGGAUCACCACUGCCCCUGGUUGAACAACUGCGUGGGUCACUUUAACCACCGCUACUUCUUCUCUUUCUGCUUCUUCAUGACCCUGGGCUGCCUCUACUGCAGCUUCAGCAGCUGGGACCUGUUCCGGGAGGCCUACGCCGCCAUCGAGAAAAUGAAACAGCUCCACAAGGACCGACCCCAGGCGACGGUCAACCAGACCUAUCACCAGACCCCACCCCCGCCCUUCUCCUUCUGGGAAAGGUUGUCCCACAAAAGCAUCAUCUACCUCUGGGUCCUGUGCAGUUCGGUAGGGCUGGCCCUAGGGCUCCUGACUCUGUGGCACGCGGCCCUCAUCAGCCGGGGGGAGACCAGCAUCGAGCGGCACAUCAACAGGAAGGAGCGGCAAAGGCUUCAGAAGAAAGGCAAGGUCUUCAGGAAUCCAUACAACUACGGCUUCCUGGACAACUGGAAGGUGUUCCUGGGUGUGGACGCGGGCAGGCACUGGGUCACUCGCGUCCUCCUGCCUUCCCGGCACCCGCCCCCCGGGAGCGGGCUGAGCUGGGACUCCCCACUGUGCGCCAGCACACGCCCCCUCGCCCUGCUGGCCGUGUAGCUGGGACUCCCCAGGACCCCGACACGGCCCAGCUCCCGGGCCUCGGCCCGUCGCACUCCCCGGCCGGCCCCGGCGGCGGAAGGCCGGGCUCGGAGCGGCCCCGGCGCCCGCCCCCGUCCGCAGGAGGGGCCGGUCCCUUCCUCCUCCCGGCGGCGAGGCGGAGAGCCGACGGGGGGGACUGAUUCCCCGGGGAGGAGGGGGCCGCUGCUAAGGACCUCACGGUCACCUUUCCGGCUCUGCUACUGUGGCAGAAAUAAAGGGAUUUGGUUUUGUAAGAAGUUAA